UAUUUGAUUGUGUUGUUUUCAAUUGUUGAAAUCUAUAUAAAGCAGCUAAGGAGCAAAACAAAGGAAAUCACAAUCUUACAAUUGGAGAAUCAAGAAAGAAUUAAAAAUACAAUAUGGUUCGUUUCUUAUCUAUAAUGGUUGUGUUUCUUGCAUGUGUUGCAUCUUCUUAUGCCACUAAUGUUGUCAAUGUGCAAGAGAUUUGUAAGAAAGCCACAAACCCUUCUUUUUGUUCAACUAUUCUCGAAUCAAAGCCCGGUGGUGCAGGAAAAGACCUCGUUAGCCUUGCAUCAUACACCAUUGACGUGCUUCGUACCAAUGUGUCCAAUACAAUCAGUUUAAUCACAAAACUAGCCGCGCAAAGUGGCAGUGAUUCUCUGAAACAAAACCGUUACAAGAAUUGUUUGUCUCGUUUUGGAAUGGAUGAUGGCGCACUUGGCGAGGUUGAGGAAGCUCAAAAAGUCUUGAAAGAUUCUGAUUACAAUGGUGUGAAUAUGCAUAUAACCUCUGUCAUGACUGCUGUUGAUGAAUGCCUUUCAAAGGACUCAUCUCCAGACAACGAUACUUCUUUGCUUCCAAAAGAUGUUGAGUGUGUCAACCAAAUUGCUCAGAUUAUUCUUAUUAUCUCAAAUGUGUUGUUAAAUUAGGAUAUUACAAGUUUCAAUUUGUGGUUCUUGAAUAAUGUUACAAUAUGUUAUUCAAAUUUGGCUUUGAUAACAUUUGUGGAAUACAAAGUAUUGAAAUAUUAAAU